GGGGCGGAAGCGGAAGUGACGCGCGGGGCGCGGCGCCAUCGCUGUCAUGGCGGGCAGGGGGGCCGCCCGGGUCCCCGAGCGGUGGACAGACUACAUCCCCCUGGGCAGGAGGAUGCCAGGAACCCGCUUCAUUGCCUUCAAGGUGCCCCUGAAGAAGAGUUUUGACAGGAAUCUCCUUCCAGAGGAGAGGUUUUCCCCUCGUGACCUCAUCAGGAAAGUCAGGGAGAGGAAGGAGGAGCUGGGGCUGAUCAUUGACCUCACCUACACCAGGCGCUACUAUGGGCCAGAGGAGCUCCCAGCCACACUCUGCUACUCGAAGAUCCUGACCAUGGGACACGAAAUCCCAAACAAACAGACCAUUUUCCAGUUCAAAUGUGUGGUAAAGAAGUUUCUGAAUGACAACAAAGACAAUGACAAACUCAUCGGGGUUCACUGCACCCAUGGCUUGAACAGGACUGGAUACCUGGUGUGCAGGUACCUGAUUGAUGUUGAAGGCAUGGAGCCAAACGCUGCCAUAGAGUUGUUCAACAGAUCCCGAGGGCAUCCCAUAGAGAGAACCAACUACAUCCAGGAUCUCAGGAACAGAGCUGGGAAAAAGAAGUGUGGACUGAAGAGUUUGGGCUCAGGCCCCUUCAGAGAAAAAGGCAGUGCCCCAGCAAACCCCAGAAAGCAGAUGGUCAAAGCCCACCCUCCUCGCUCGGCCCAGCCCCCCCUGGCAGUGCCCAGGAAUGCUGGCAGUGCCAAGAGGAAGCACCAGCCCAGCCCCAAAGCCCUGGCACAGCCCCUGGAUUUGGGACACGGGCAGGAGGCCCCGGAGCAGAGGAGGAUGUGCAGCCUGGCCCCCAGGAACUGUUGGGUGUCACCCAAGGGACUCUCCUUCCCCCACCCCCAGAAUUCCCAGAACUCCCAGGAGGCCACACCCGCCAGGAAACGCCGGCACCGGCGCAGGAAACACGUGGGGACGGAGCAGGGAAUGUCCUGACAGCACCCAGGGAAUGCUGUGCUCCGGGACAGCCCAUCCAUGGACUCAGCUCUGCCCCGAGGGAGCGCCGGGAUGGGGCUGGAACGGCUGGAAUGAGGGGCUGGAACUGCCAGGAGCUGCCAGCCCGGGGGUUGCUCAGCUCAACAGGGCUUUGGUUUUUAAUUUUUCUCUCUUUCCUCAACCCCCCCCCCCGAUGAUUUUAUGGAUCUCACAGGAAUUUUCUACUCUUCCUUCAUAACUCCGCUCCCAGAGGGAUGUGAGGAAUAAACAAAGACUCCGAGCUGGGAGAAUCCUAAAGGAACACCCCUUAACCUUCAGCAAAAAGAGCUUUUCUUGGUUUCCUCGAUAUAUGACAAGAAAUAAGAUUUGGCCUGAAAAUAUAGGAUUUUUUUUCCCUCCUUCUCACUCAUUUUUGCUGAAGUAAAAUCCCUGCAGUGUGUAAAA